AUGAAUGAUGAUGAUGAUGAUGAUGACAUGAUGACAUCUUCAAGGAAUAGGCGAUAUAUGAACGUGAAUCUUCACUAUGCAUUUUUCAAAGGUAACCAUCACACAACGAGAAAUCUUGGUUUAUGUAGGACGUAUGGCUCUGUUACCGCUAUCAAGUGUGAACAAUACCUGCGAGAAAGGCUACACGAAUUCAAAUUAGAUUUUGAAACUGAUGUGAUCGCCAUUAUAUCCGAUGGAGCUUCUGUUAUGACAAAACUAGGAAGAAAUUUAAACUGCAUACAUCAGUUAUGCUUAGCUCAUGGGCUGCAAUUGGCCGUCGUGGAUACGUUUUACGUAAAAAAACAAGUAAAUGAGGCUCAAGAAAAACAUGUUGAAAACGAAAAUGAUCUGAACACUCUUUGCAUUGGCACUGAAGAUGAUACUGAGACUGAUGGAUUUCAAAUAGAGCAAGCCCCAACUCUAACAGUUGACGUGGAGACAAAUGUUAAGUUUGGGCAUGUUGUAGAAAAGGUGAGGAAUAUUGUGCGGAUGUUCAGAAAGUGGAUGCGGAUGUUCAGGAAAUGA